ACACGAAAUAACACAGACAAUGACACAAACUCUCUGGACCUCUCCGCCUCCGACCGGUUGUCUCCGCCUCCCACAGCUCAAAAACGCCACUUUUCUCCUCUAUUUCUUCACUCACAACCCUGAAAUCACCAUCCUCAACCCCUAAAAUAUUAUUUCCUCACAUUUUGAAACUAAAAGGAAAAACCCUAAUUAGUUUUCUCUCAUCUCUCUCGGAGCCGCCGAACUCCGAUCUCUCUCUAGGUUCAACCUCAAGAUGACGAUUGAUAAAACUUGGAUAUCAUUGAGAAAUCGUUGUGAUCUUGCUUACUGGAAAGGUGUCCGAGUUUUUAUUGCAUUUGCGUCUAAACAUAAAGAUUGUGAUGGGAGAAUUCUAUGUCCUUGUGUUGAAUGUUUAAAUACGAGACGACAUUCUUUAGAUAUUGUGAAAGCACAUAUUUUUUACAAGGGUUUUCUAAAGAGUUAUCAAAAGUGGAUUUUCCAUGGGGAACCGGAAGUACCAAUUGCCGAUGAGUCAACCGAUGAGAAUGACAUAAUUGAGAUGAUUGAUGUCGUUGAUAAUUUCCAAAAGAACAAAGACAACCAAAAAAAGAUAAAGUACCCUGCAACAGGGACAAUAUCAAUGGCAGAGAAACCUUUUGAAAAUGACAAUUUUGGCCGCAUUGAAACAUGGAAGCCAGUUCAUACAAAGAAACGGAGAAAGUCUUCUGUCAACGAGAUUACUCAACAAGAUAAGCGGUUAAAGACAACUGAUGAAGCUCGAUCUGGUACUGCUGCUUCUGCACCAGUCAAUGAAAUUUCGGUACUUCCUGAGGUGCUCGGGGAGAGGCACAACCACGAUGAAGGAGUAGACCCUGCUCAGGCACAGGUGCCUACUCAACAAACGCCUUCGGAGAAAAGACUGUUGCGAAUGAUUUAUAAACUGCAAAGACAAGUUCGACACAUAAGUCAAAAGCUGGCACCUGAGGACCGUCUACCAUCCGAUGAUGAGAUGGAUGACAUAGCUCCAAUGCAUUCAACUGGGCCUUCUAAACCUCACAUGUCUAGAAAUGGACUUUGUUCAUCUUCUCAGCCUAUGGCUUCUCAUUAUCAGCAGUCAAUGCCACUUCCAUUGCAGCAGAGUCCUCUUCCCUUCAUGUUUGGGCAACCGUCACAACAAACAUCAACGCAGCAGCCUCAUAUCGAUUUGCUUGGAUCUUCGCCAUCUCCUCAGCAGAUGUCACCAUUUGCUUGGUCGAUGACACCGGUGCAGAUGAUGCAGAUGAUGAUGCAAAUGUUUUCUCCCACUUCGAUCUCUCUCUCAACUCAAAGCAAUUCUCUUCCUCUUUCGGCAGCUCCUCCCUCCCUCUCAGCAGCAGGGAUGACAACCGAUAACAUUCGGAAGCCAUUGAAAGAUCAUUGUGAUCCCGCUUAUCGGAAAGGUGUUCACAACCGAGAAGUGGGCAACAAAUUAAAGGGUCAAUCCUCAACUCAGUGCACCCAGCCUGAUCAAACACAGACGCCUACCCAACAAACACCUUCAGAAAAAAGAAUGGAGCGAAUGGCUUCUAAAAUGCAAAGACAAGGCGGCAUAGCUCCAACACAUUCAACUGGGUUGUCUCAACCUCACAUGUCUAAAGAUGGAUUUGGUUCAUCUUCUCAGCCUACUACUUCUCAGUAUCAACAGUCGAUGUCGCUACCAUCGCAGCAGAUUCCUUUUCCCUUCAUGUUUGGCCAGCCGUCACAAAAUCCAUCGUCGCAACAGCCUCAUAUUGGUUUGCCUGGAUCAUCAUCAUCUCCUCAGCAGAUGUUGCCGUUUGCUUGUCCGAUAACACCAAUGUCGCAGAUGCAACAAAUGCAAAUGAUGAUGCAAAUGCAGCAGAUGAUGCAGAUGCAACAUACACCACAGAAGCAGUAAACGCAUCAGAUGUCGAGACUCAAGGGAUAAUGAUGUGGAUGAGGAGUUUAUAGAUUUGGAAUUUCAGUAUUAGUAUUUACUCAAGUAUGAAUUUAUCAUUUAAGUAGGAAUUUUAUAAUUUGUUGUAGUUUGAAUGUUAUAUUAUGAUUUUUUUUGGUCUAAUUAAUAUAAAACAAUUUAAUAUUUAAUUUAA